AGCGUAACAUACUGCACUCCGCCAAUCAAACACCGACGAGGAAGAGGUUGAAUUGUGCUCGUGGUGUUUGUUGUCAAAUGUAGCACAUGCAGAAAGGUUUGGAACUAUAUAAAAAAAAUACACUACUUUAUCGCAAAAAGUUCAAGACUACCUUUAAUACUAAUACACAGAGCACGUUCAACUGGUUUUACAUUCUCCAGGUCCCACACCACAUUGAGGAGCCCUUCAGCAACUUGGAUGGCGUACAGGCGAGACCGAAGCCGAAUCGGAGAGGCCACCGAUGAGCUUAUUUCAGAGAGAGCGGGAAUGUACCAGAGAGUUGUGAAUGUUGUCGAGAGGAGGACAGCUGUGACAAGACCGGAGCAAGAAUACGACCGAGAAUUUGAAUAUGAAACCAAGCGGUAUGGUGGCAUUCAAAGUUACCAUGACGAUGACCAGAGAGGAUACCCUAGCGACAACAUUCACACAGGAAGUGAUCGUGGAUACCACGGUGACGUGGUAGGGAGCAUCCGAGGGAGGAACUCCCCAUCUCCCCGACAGGAGGACUACAGGGAUCCAUGCUACAGGGGAUCCAGAGUUGAUUCUCAGAUGGGCCGUCAAGGAGAGAUGAGGAACAGCAGCAGAGUGGGCGCCCACCCCAGCAGCAGAGUUCAAGUGAUAGCUCCUCUCUCGAGGACCGUGUCUCCAGCCUACCCCAACCUGAGGGAGAACCCUGAGGGUAUCAGGCGGAGGGUCCUGGGCCCCUACCCUGCAAGCCCUGCCGGGGACUCCUACAGUAGAUUACGGGACCGCUCUCCCAUCAGAAGGGAUACUCCAGCAAUAACAGGCUCCGUUCUCAUGCGCUCCGGGUCCAACACCAGCAGAAGGAGCUACUCCCCAGACAGGGACCAGAAGGGCUUCCCCUACCAUCAGAAGAGGUAUAAAGAAGAGCCUCACAGCCAGAGCAGAGAGCCUGAUCAGCCCAGGUUGCUAGGCCACACAAAGAGUGCCUCCAUAGACGGUUCUCCACACAGCGCUGUCUCAAUCAAGGAGGAACUUGACCCCACCCCAGCCCUGCUAGCAGAGCCUGAGGACACCGUGCCGGCCAAGGAUGAGACCGAGCAGACACAGAAGGCCAACUUCAAGACACGGCGCUCUCAAGCCAUCGCAGCUAAAGCCCUCGAAAUUGAGAAGCUAUACAAGCAGGACUGCGAGACGUUUGGCACGGUUGUCAAGAUGCUGGUGGUCAAGGAGCCCAGUCUGGAGAAGCUGCUACAGAACCCUCUGAAGGACAACCUGAUUGAGAUCAGGGAGCUUUGCCUUGACGACCUCCGACACUUUAUCAUAGAGCUGGACCAGGUCAUGACGCCAGAACCGUCAGCAUGAGGGGGAACCACAAAAGCCCUUAUUAUGUGCAGGUACUGAUGGACCAGAAGUGGGGUUUGUGUGAUGGCAUAGAAGACUGUGAGAGGAGGCAACCUAGUGUGGCAUCCUCUCCACACUGUGAUUUAAGAAAAAAUCGUCUUUUUUUUUACCCCUUUUUUCUCCCCAAUUUCGUGACAUUCAAUUGAUAGUUAGUCUUGUCGCCAUCGUUGCAACUCCCGUACGGACUCAGGAGAGGCAAAUGUCGAGAGCCAUGCAUCCUCUGAAACAUGACCCUGCCAAGAUAUUCAAGUACAUUUUCAAGAAAAAACRCUAACACUAAUAUUUUAUUAUUGGAAACAUGCUUAUUUGAGAAUAAAUAUUUGAUAGAAUUUGAGGUCACUUUAGGGAGUUAAUAUUUUAAAGAAUGUUUUUUUCCCAUGCUGUUUAUAUAGAUUUCAGGUGUCGUUCUUUAAACCUCAUGUCCAGCAGUAAUUUCUUCACUCCUUAGACACAUUGCUGAACUCCACUUCUGACCAACUGUUAAACAACCAAAUCACACAGAUUUUUU